GGUUGUAGGACUCACAGUCCCCCUUCUUAAAAAAGUAUAAACGAUAGAACCACCCACUCCUUCCCCUCCCUUCCUUUCUCUUAUCUAUUUAUUUAUUUUUUAUUUUCUAAUUUUUCUAUUUCCUUCUCCACCCUGGCAUCCUCGUCCGUACUCUGUCUUUUUCCAUUUCCAUUGGCUACCUUCCAAACCGGUCAUCAUCCUCACACGUGCUUUCACUCCUAAAGCACCUUCACACGUGCCACCCCUUCACCCAUACAAUUUAACUACAACAACACCCUUUUGUGGUGGUGCAACAAAUAAAAAGCCACAAAGAAACCAAGAAUUAUAGUUCUUUUCAUAAAUUCAUAAAGCAUAAAUUUUUCUUGCACCUUAAAGUCAUGAAGUACAUGAGUUCUUAGUUGUUUUUCUUUUUUUUUUCCUUUUUUUUAUUAUUUAUAUUUUGUAACAUCAUUAUUUUCCCCGAAAUCUAAAUCCAUAUUUAGAUCUUCAUAUGUUAGGUGUUUUUUAAUUUUAAUUAUUUCAAACUAUAUUGUUAUUUGUGAGCUAAAUAUCUAUUGCACUGAUGAGGAUCCGAAAGAGGAAAAUACCUUUCUCUCUUUUACCGGUGACUUUAUCAGAUCCCAACAUGAUCAACCGGUCACCGGUGGUGGUGCAACUCAACGAUGAUACAACCACUUCACCAAAUCUUUCUUGCACUCAUGACAUGGCUACUGCACUAUUAUCACUCUCAGAUCAUCCUCAGCCGUCUGAUCAAUCACUCCCACCGAUCGGGAAACCAACCAACGGCUGUGAUGAUCCCAUAAGGCAGCACAAUAAGCAAGAUGUUUUGGAAGAAGAUGGGAGAGGGCAAGUUAAGGAAGAGGGGCAUAAGGGUAAUGAUACCAGGAAAGGUAGCAACUUGGGUGCACAAAUUUCAACCGAGGUUUUCUCACCUUCAAGCUCUUCUAGUUAUAAACAAGAUUGGAAAUGCAAUGAGGGAGAGAAAACUUUUCCUCUAAAGAAACGGAGAGGGAGCUUUGCGAAUAGCAAUGAUGAUGACAAUAAUAGUAAGAUGAGGAAGACGAAGAAGAAAUGUUAUGAUAGUUACGAUUUUGAUGAAGAAAACGAAGAUACUAAAGAAGUGGUUAGAGAAACAAAACAAAAGAAGAAGGUAAGAGGUGGUGCACUUAUGGAAGGUUCGCGGUGCAGUCGCGUUAAUGGAAGAGGAUGGAGGUGUUGUCAACCAACACUAGUUGGUUAUUCACUAUGUGAACAUCAUUUGGGGAAAGGAAGAUUGAGAAGCAUGGCAAGUGUAAGAAAUAAGUCUCUUGCUGCUUCAACAAGUUCUAAGAACCAUAUGCCAAUUUGUCAAAAUGAGUCUCCACCUAUCGAAAAACAAACCGAGUUUGAUAGCAAAGACAAUGAUGAGAAGAAGCCAUCGACAAUCGGGAAGAAGAGGAUGAAGCUUGGAUUGGUGAAAGCACGAUCGAUGAGUAGUUUGUUGGGACAAACAAACAAUGAUCUUGCCGUAGUUGAGAAUAACAAGAGUGCAAGUCCAACUUCUUAAUAACUUAUUUGCAUGUGUUUUCUAUGAUAUCGUUUUCUUUGUUCAUAUUUUGUGAAGAUUUUGUUUGUGUUGUAAUUUUCUUGCCGGGAGAUUAUUAUUAAAUUUAUGACAUUGGACUUAGAAUUGCAUUCUUUGAUUUUGAAGUAGAAUGCAAUAUUUAUAUAGCUAUACUUGAUUAAAUUAUGUAUCAA